GCAAAAGUCUGAGAGGAAAUGGCACAUGUCCACCAGCGAUACAUCUUGGCUUUGGCCUUGGUGCACGUUGUGUUAUCCUCUGGGGUGUUUGAGUUGAAAAUUAAUUCGUUCCACACGGCGCAGCGCAUCUGCAGGAGACACAGGGACUGCCACAUCUUUUUUAGAAUCUGCCUCAAGCACCCGGAAGAUGUGAUCUCCGCAGAGCCGCCGUGCACCUUUGGAACGGGACAAACCAAUGUCAUCAGGGCCGAUCACACUUCCAUCUCCGGCAGUGCGCCAAUCAGGGUGCCUUUCCACUUCAAAUGGCCGGGGACUUUUUCGUUGAUUAUUGAGGCUUGGAACGCAGAAUCUCCAACUGAAUACACAGACAACCAAAACAACCUUGUGAAUCGCCUGGCGACCAGGAGGAGACUCGCCAUCGGCGAGGACUGGUCCCAGGAUGUGCACUUCGGAGAGCAGAGCGAGCUGCGUUAUUCGUACCACGUCUUCUGUGACGAAUACUACUUCGGAGACGGCUGCGCCGAGUACUGCAGGCCGCGGGACGACACGCUGGGUCACUACACCUGUGACGAGGAGGGCAACCGCAUCUGCCUGGAGGGCUGGAAAGGGAACUACUGCUCGGAGCCCAUCUGCUCAGCGGACUGCAGUGAGAGACACGGCUACUGUGAGGCCCCAGGGGGCUGUAAAUGUCGCAUGGGUUGGCAGGGCCCCUCCUGCAACGAGUGCGUCCGCUACCCAGGCUGCCUCCACGGCACCUGCGGCCAGCCAUGGCAGUGUAACUGUCAGGAGGGUUGGGGGGGCCUCUUUUGUGACCAGGACCUCAACUACUGCACCAACCACAAGCCGUGUGCCCAUGGUGCCACCUGCACCAACACUGGCCAGGGCAGCUACACUUGUGCCUGCAGGCCUGGCUUUGGGGGUACGAACUGUGAGCUGGAAACCAAUGAGUGUGACAGCAACCCCUGCAAAAAUGGAGGCAGCUGCAAUGACCUGGAAAAUGACUACUCUUGCACCUGCCCGCAAGGAUUCUACGGCAAAAACUGUGAGAUCAUCGCAAUGACGUGUGCGGAUGGGCCCUGCUUCAACGGCGGGACGUGUGUGGAGAUCAUGUCGGGAGGUUACACGUGCCGGUGCCCUCCCAGCUACACGGGCUCCAACUGUGAGAAAAAGCUGGAUCGCUGCAGCAACAGGCCCUGCUUAAACGGUGGCGAGUGUCUGGACCUCGGCCAGAGCAUCCUAUGCCGCUGUCAGGCCGGCUUCACCGGUGCCAACUGCCAAGUCAACAUCGACGACUGCGCCUCCAACCCCUGCCAAAAUGCCGGGACCUGUCAAGAUGCCGUGAAUGACUACAUUUGUUCCUGCACCUUAGGGUACACCGGCAAGAACUGCAGCGUGCGCUCAGACGCAUGUGGAGAGCGUCCUUGUCAGAAUGGCGGCACUUGCUUCACUCACUUCACAGGUCCCGUAUGCCAGUGCCCGAAAGGAUUUAUGGGUCCAAGUUGCGAGUUCACGCUGCAGCCUAGUUUCAAGCCCGCUUUGCGCCAGACCUCCCAGCCCUCCUCGGCCACGCUAACCAUCUCCUGCAUUCUUUCCAUCCUGGUAGUGGCUCUCGUGGCUGGUAUUAUCUUGCUGAGGAGACGCAGGAGGCUGCAAGGAAGGAAGCAGCUCAGCGACACAGCGGUUUACAAUGACCUGGAGACAGUGAACAACCUGGGGGGAAGCGAGAGAGACUCCUUCCUCAGUCCGAACGGUCUGUUCAAGAUCAGCAACAGCACGGCCCGCCUCAGCUUCGACCCCUUUUCGGAAGGAAGGUCAGGAUACAGGCACAAUCCUGUUGAGAGCGGCCCGGCCAGAGCGGAUCUGAUAUGGAGGGACGAGGCGGGCCUUGGUUCAAUAACUGGGCUAAGAUGAACAGAAUUCAGCGAGAACACACUAAGAUGAAUAUUAGCACUUGGUGCUCCUCUUUCUUUGUGUACAAAAGGAGCAAAAUUCACCAGUUGAAACCCACUCUGCAACAACAUACCAAACAAUGGACUGCUCUAAUGAAGAGCAUUUACAAAGAUUAUUCAAAGAAUUAUAUGGGACAAACCUCUUUCACAUUUAAGACCCAAAGAGACAAUUAUUAAGAGCCAUCUUUCGGAGGACCUACAACUCAAACCAAAUACACAAAGUUACAGUACUGAACAACUUUGGAAAAUUUGCCCCAGGUGUAUGACUUUAU